AUGGCCCCUUCGCCCGCUAUCAAGACAAUUCUACCCACCCUUGCGCCGCUAGCAAAACCACAACCUACCAACCUACCUUCAUAUACCCAUUCCCCCCUCUUCUUUGUCUCUCCUGCUUCUUUCUCACACUCUUGCUGCUCACGCCGUCCUUCUCGAAUACGCACGUCGAUGAAAUUCUCGGCUUCUAACAUGAUGUCCCCAAAGGCUCGCACCUCGGUCCGCUACAGCACCUACAGCGUGACGCCCUCCGUCACCCCGACGUUUGCCACCAACGACUCGGCGCAGGCCGAGUUCCGCGACAUCGCCUCGGGCCUCGACCGCAUGGAAAACAAGGCUCUCUCCUCCCAGCGCGUCGCCCUCGACGAGGAAAAGACGGACAACCUGCGCAAGCUCGCUCUCGGCGCCAAGCUUGAGCGUGCCCUCGACCGCCGCAUGAGCUCCCAGGACGCCGUCAUGCGUCCGCGUACCAAGAAGCCUGUCCUGUCGGAAAAACAGCAGCUCGUGGAAAAGGUGGCCUAA